AAAAAAAAAGUCAAACGCUUCUUCUUCCUUCAUGCAACCUACCCAACCCCACAGAGGAGCUGUGGCGGCAGGCAACCGGCAGCGGCAGGCACCGGGGACCGUAAAACGAAACCACUGAAGCCCGUGUGUGUGUGUGUGUGUGAGAGAGAGAGAGAGUGUGUGUGAAGGCUGAUGAUGAAUUAGUAAAAUCAAGCUCUCGGUAACAGGACGCCGCAGCUGAUCUGAGCUCGGGGAUCUCCAGAGGACACCGGCCCAUGUGGAGGUUAUGUUUUAUAAACCAGGCCAGUUUUAAUAGGCUGCAGCGUCACUGAGGCAUCUCUGUGCGCACUGGAAACCCGGCAUUCAAUUGGUGGAACCAGGAGGGGCGCCCCGGCCUUCUUCCACUGCAGGAGGAGCAGAGUUAAGGAAACCAAGAGAGAGAGAGAGAGCUGCCAAGACAGCAGCAGCAGCAGCAGCAGCCUGCGCAGUUUCGAAAUCGGCACAGCCUCCUCUGCUGCGCGGCAUGAGGGACUUCACCCAAACUGCGCACUGACUCUGCAGGAUGCCACGCUGCUGCAGCUGCGUAGUUUGUUAAGACAGAGACGGACGCCUGAUCCGGGCCCGUGCAGGAAUUCUGACAAGAGGAAUCAGGCCUAUAACGGGUCGCUGACCACAGCUGCGACAUUUGGUUUCCUCCCCGCUGAGAGUUGGAUCAUCACUCCCCCUCCAGAGAGAGAGAGAGACUCACACAGAGCCGUGCGCUGUGGCCUUGUAACGGACAUGGGAAAUGUAAACAGUAGUCGGGCUGGAUUUUAAACUACGCACACGUCCCACGUCCUCCUCCUCCGUCCGAGAUGGAGAUGGAGACGGAGAGGGUCGAGCUGGAGCAGGAGGGAGACGCAGAGGCGCCCAUGCACAGCGUCCACGGAACCAACCGGAUCAGACCGUCCUCCUACCGGGCCCUGCGCAGCGCAGUGUCCAGCCUGGCCCGCUUAGAUGACUUCAGCUGUGAGAAGAUCGGUGCCGGCUUCUUCUCGGAGGUGUUCAAGGUGCAGCACCGUGUGUCGGGUCAGGUAAUGGCUCUGAAGAUGAACAUCCUGGCGAGUAACAGAGCCAACAUGCUCAGGGAGGUCCAGCUCAUGAACCGACUAUCGCACCCCAACAUCCUCAGGUUUAUCGGAGUGUGUGUCCACGAGGGGCAGCUCCACGCCCUCACAGAGUACAUCAACGGCGGUAACUUGGAGCAGCUGUUGGGCAGCGACGUGUACCUGUCGUGGAGCGUUCGGCUCAGCCUGGCCCUGGACAUCGCCCGGGGGCUGCAGUACCUGCACAGCAAAGGCAUCUUCCACAGGGACCUCACCUCCAAGAACUGCCUGGUGCGGUGGGAAGGCUGCGUCUGCUCGGCCGUGGUGGGAGACUUUGGGCUGGCGGAGAAAAUCCCAGAUUACAGUGAGGAAGAAGACCAGGAUCCGCUCGCUGUUGUCGGCUCCCCCUACUGGAUGGCCCCGGAGGUGCUCAGAGGAGAGGUGUAUAAUGAGAAGGUGGACGUGUUUGCGUACGGGAUCAUCCUGUGCGAGAUCAUCGCGAGGAUACAGGCCGACCCCGACAUCCUGCCACGCACUGAGGACUUUGGUCUGGAUGUGGAGGCCUUCCAGCAGAUGGUGGGAGACUGUCCUCCGGAUUUCCUGGAACUGGCUAUCGCCUGCUGUAAUAUGAAUGCAAAGGUCCGUCCAUCCUUUGCACAAAUUGUAGUGCAACUGGAGAGGAGACAGGCUGAGAGGAAACAGAAGGACGAAGCAAUGGUCAAAGCUGUUUCUCCAGCGUUUGGCUCUCAACGAAGGCGAUCCCUUUGCCUCCUGUCGGAUCCUCGCCUGUCCCGCAGCAAAUCCGACAUGCUCCACCCCCCAGACACGCCCUCCUCUGUUACCUUGGCGACUCCCGCUCGGGUCAACCCCUUCUCUCGAAGGGAGGACCUCAAGGGCGGCAAGAUCAAGUUAUUCGACACUCCGAGCAAGUCCGUCAUCUCCCUGACCUUCACCCUGCCUCCUCCACCAGACUGCGACGACCCCUCUGCAUCUGAGACAGACAGCGGUGACCAACCCAGGAGGCACAGGCGCUGCCACUCGCUGCCAUGUACACCUCCUCCGAACCUCACAUCGGCGCCGAACACCGUCCUUUCCGAGGAGGAGUCACCAUCUGCGGUAGACGCUGUAAACGGUGAAAUGAGUGAACAAGAUAGACUGUUAGAAGAAGAGAAGGAGGUCAAGGAUGGCAGUGAUUCAGGUCUUCCUUUGUCCCUCGAACCCCUUUCACUGGACCUGCUGGACAAGGAGGAGGAGGACGAUGGGGAGGAGGAGCCCAUGGACUGCACCAGCUCCCCGGACACACAAGACAGCACUUCAUCUCCUUACUCCAAACUGUCUCCCCCUCCAUCCCAGUCCUCAACUCCCCUCCAACCCUCCACCCCUCCGUUCUCAAACGGUUGGCGGUCGGCCAUCUCCAACGGGCCCCCGUGCCUGCCUCCCCUUUCUCAUUUGGACAACAACAACAUGGUCGUGAGUCGACCCUUGGGGUGGACUGCUGCCAGUCCUCCCACCACAACCAACAACAACGGCUACCACUCCCCUUCCAGCGACCCUGCUGGUUUGUCCCCGUUUGGCUCCGGCAGCGGACACUCUCUGGACCAGGAGGAGGUGAUCUCCUGUCCCGGCUGCUGCCUUGCUGGCCUUCGCUUCCCUUCAAUGUGUCUCAGAGCUCCACCACGCAGAAACCCCUAUAAGAACUUGAAUGGGGACCACGCAGCCUCACGUGGGCUGCUUUGUCCUGGACCCAAGGGCCUGCCGCCCUCUCCUACCCCAACAACCACCACCACUAGCCUGGAGCCGGGACUCUCCUUGCCAGGGGCACAGACAUAAACUCCAGCCUCUCAACACCAAAUACACAAAGAAAAGACGUGUAGAAACUCUGCACCAAAAGUUCUUCCCUGGAAAUUAAGUGGGUCUUCUUAGAAUUUGCACAGAUUUUAACUCAGCAAUACCCUGCUUAUUUUCCAGACACACUUUUUGGUGCAGAGCAGGCUCUGAGUUUCCAGACUGGUUUACUGAAACACACUCCUCCAGGAUGACUUUCCUUUACGAAAGCUGCGGGACGAGAAACUGGCGUCUUUGCUGGCAACUUGUUGCAUGUCGCCCUCUGCUGGGCUGAGGGUGACACAACUCGAGAUGUCAGCGUUAGAUCUGACUGAUGAUCGGCGAUGAACGUCAAGCACUGUUCAGCAUGUAAACGCUCCAGUUUAGGGGGCCUCCUCUGUUGGUUAGAUCCUGUAUAUUCGCAGAUGUAAAGAUUCUUAUGACUGAUGAUGAUGAUGCUGAAAUGAGGAAUGUUAAGCUUAGUAUUAUUACUGCUGCAAUGAUUUUUGAUGUUUGGUGCUGUUUCUGAAUGAACCGGCAGUUUUGCUUUAAUGUCUUUAAUUAUCAAGAGGUGUAUGGUGCACUGCAGGACUGUGUGUGUGUGUGUGUGUGUGUGUGUGUGUGUGUGUGUGUGUGACUGACAUGAGUGUGAGGUGGAUUCAGUGUGAGAGGCUGGGUGUGUUUGUGCGUGAGAGCGUGGACUGUACACCGUUCUUUUGUUGCUGUAUGAUCUCUAUCGGCCCUUCUGGUUGCCUGGUUUAAGCACUUCAACUGUAUUACUGUUAAUAAGGAAGCUAUUGAUGUCAUUAUUACCUUUUGGGAAUGAAUGGUCGAAGACCUGCUUAAGAGAUGUACAGAUUAUUAUUAUUUAAAGAUGGCAUUGAAUAAAAAGAUAGAAUGCA